CAAUCUAGCCCCACCCUCUUCGAAAAAGUCGAAUCUUACUUCCCCUACUGAACCAACCGUUCCCCUCCUCCCACCUACACGACCUUCCCUCUUCUUCCAUCGCGCUACCGCCACCGGUCCCACGAAAGCACAGAACUCACACUAUUUCGUUGAACCGCAUUUGCAUCGGCACCGAUGACCCAUAUUCACGUUCUUUCCACCACGACAAGGCACCACGCGACACGACUUUCGUCCUCUUUCUCUCGCCUGACAGCACCGGACACAUCGUUCCCGUACGUUCGCGGUACGAUCCUCCCGCGCGGGCCAAGACACCGCGGGCUAUCUGUUCGUUUCUACCGCGAGUGCAACCGAGACGGACGGUGCGCGCGUGUUCGAUAAGAGAGACGGUGAAAAUAAGAGGGAGAUAGCUACCGCGUGUACACGCAUGUGUACGUGAGAAAGAUAGAGAGAGAGAAAGAGAGAGAGAGGUACGCGUGAUUCUUUCCUCGUCGCGGCGAUGCGCGAUGCAAGUCGGUGACUCGAUUUCGGACGGGUAAAACGUAGACUCGGCCCAUCAGUGUGUACGCGACCAGUGUUCGGAUACGCAACGAAAGUACCGGUGGUUACCGUCUCUCCGCUUCUUCUUUCACGUCUUCUCGCUCGUUAUCCGUGCUCGUUACGAGAACAAGCCGCGGGAUCAGUGCGAGCGGAGAACACUUUUCGUGGAUCAUGUGCCGCGUGGACACGUGUACGCGAGACCGGUGCGGAAAGCACUCUGUUCAGUGAGUUUCAACUCCAGUCCGGAGCUCGAGGAUUCGCAAGUGGUUCGCGUUCGAUCGGGAAACCGGGGAAAAUACGAGAAACGGUGCUGUCGUUUCUUCGAGUGUACCCGUGUCUUGGAGGAUCGUCGAAUCUUCCUGUGAAUGUCCCUCUGAUCACCGAUGCAUCGGUGUUCCCGUUGAGCCUGUUUCGAGCGGACGGUAAUACGCUCCUCGGCAUCGCUGGACGAACUGUUGGGCACGAGCGCGAUCAAGAAGGAAAAUACUUACACGAAGGUGGCAGAGACAGGGGUGGCGAAGGUCACGGAGUUGGGCCUAAGGGUGGCAUCAUGGACUCUCAUCAGCAUCAGUUCUGUCUCAAGUGGAAUAGCUUCGGUAGCAACUUGGCGACAGCGUUCUCGAAUUUGUUCAAAAGCGAGAGUCUUACCGAUGUCACCCUAUUCUGCGAGGGAGUAACGUUCAAGGCACAUAGGUUAAUCCUCGCAGCAUGCAGCAAGCACUUUCAAGAGCUGUUCGAAGGAAUGCCUCCUUCUCCCGCGGGACUGAUCGUUAUUCUCGACGGGACGAGUGCCCACAAUAUGGCGUCCCUUCUCGAAUUCAUGUACCGUGGAGAGGUACAUGUGUCCCAGGAAUCCCUCAGCUCUUUCCUCAAAGCAGCCGAAUGCCUUCAAGUAAAGGGUCUGUCCAUCGAACACGAGAAACUGGCAGUAGCGCAGAGGCACGCUGCGGAGAACAAUAACUCGUCGACGGACGCCGGGGGUGGCAAUGGCGGCGGAGGUGAUGGUGGUGGCGGUGGUGGCGGCGGCGGUGGCGGAGGUGGCGGCAGCGGCGGCGAGAGCGGAAGUGGUGUCAGCGGUAGCGUGAGCGGAAACGUUGCUGGCAGCGUCGGUGGCAGCGUGGGUGGUGGUAUUGGUAGCGUCGGCGGUGGUGUCGGCGAGGUGAGCGAUUUGGGCGAAGCGGGUGAAGCAACCAUGGUUAGAAACAUCACGAAGAGAACCCCCACACCGGCACCUUCGCCCGCCCCUGCCUAUACCGUGCCCAGCCUCUACUCUACCUCUCACUAUUACGAAAGCCCGCAGAAAAGGCUGAUGAGAUCGCCGAGCGACGUCGAUACUUUAGGAAGGGCGAGCGUGUUACGCGACGGUACGGCUUUCCGGCCCGCGUCAGCGCCACAUCCGCUUCUCCUGGAGAAUCAUUUCUAUCAGCCGUUUAUCCACCCUUCGGAAACGUCCGCGCAUCCCCAUACCGCGCCUCACACGCCAACGGAACUGGAACAAGAAUUGGAACGAGCGAGGUCCGAGGAACGUAGCAAUUGCGAUCUCAAGGAAAGCGUAGCCGAAGAUCUUCGAAUAAAACAGGAACCGGUAGCGUUGAGCGAUCGGGAGAGGGCAGAAAAAUUGGCGGAAAGACUGUCAGGCGAGGUUUAUUCCGGGGGAAGGGGGUUCGACGGUAGUCACUAUGGUUCAAACUCGGAUCAAAUGCAACAUGGUGGACAAGCUGGCCACGGUAUGAUGCCUUUACCACCGGCUCAUCCACCGACUCCUGAUCUCAGCCCUGCGCCCACCACCCCUGCUAUGUGGAAUACGAAGAUCAACAAGGCUGGCACUGUUACCACUCCUGAUGGCAAGAAGCUGAAGUGUCCGUUCUGCGAGAGACUGUACGGCUACGAGACGAACCUACGCGCCCAUAUACGGCAACGUCACCAGGGUAUCAGGGUGCCGUGUCCGUUUUGUUCGCGGACCUUCACGCGGAACAACACGGUCAGACGGCACAUCGCACGGGAGCACAAGACCGAGCUGAAUAUGAAGGCGUUCCAGCAGUCGAACCAUUCGAUGUCGGACUCGGUGCCGCAGUAACGACAUCCCCGUCGUCGUCAUCGUCGUUGUCGUCGUCGUCGUCGUCGUCGUCGUCGUCGUCGUCUAAGUCACGAUCGUCGUCGUGAUCAUUGUUGCCGUCGUGGAGGCACCGAAAGCAGCCCGGUGGCUACUCGAGUAACCCGCGAGUGACUUCGAGUAACCCGAAUGAUUACAAGGAAGAUGGAACGAGUUAGCUGGAAGGUAAAGGUCCAUCUUUCCCUUUGGUCGUCGGUCAACGCCGUCCCCAUCCCGUGUCGCAUCCGAGCGACACUCUGGAUUCCUCGUUUCCCUCGUGAACUACGCCUCGCUGCGUUUGACAGCGCCCAAAGCUGACUGUUCGUCGAGAAGCACGCGAGUUCCUGGCGGUAGGACCACAAAGGAAACGAUACGUGCGACCCGCUGGGUCAUCGAGGUCUGUUCGUAAUAGUUGUCAAUUAAACUGCGACCGUCACGAGUCGACCUUCCGGUACACGCCGAGGAAAACGUCUGGGGGGAAAUGUGCACGGAUUUCCGGGGGAGACACGUUGGUGCACUCAGUAGGAUGGAUCUUCAGGGUUCUCCUUGUAAAACGACGUUUUCAGUUUUGCUUUCAGUUCUCACAGCCCGUGAUCUAUCUGACUUUUCGAAUCUAUUUUUAUAGAUUUACAGUUCCUUUUAAUUGUGCGUCGAAGCGAGACGCGUCUUGCGAAGGAUGGACGUCGGAUGAGACAGGAGGCGUUGACCACGAUGUAGGAAAAAUUGUCCCGGUGAUCGGAUCAUGGAGUAGACGGGGAGAUUGAAGAGACGGAAAGCGAAGAAGAGGAGGAAAGGAGCUCGGGAAAACGUCGACGUCCGAUUGCUCGCGUAGCUAUGCACAGAGGUAGGGAAUUAAGCGCGUCGCGCCUCGGACACGCUCGCGGAUACGCUGCAAAUCACAAAACUAGUCAAUGAAAGUGCAACGUCGAGUAAGAGUUAUUAACUAUAAACGCUUAAAGAGCGCGAUUAAAUAGAGAAGUAGGGAAAAGAAUAAAAAAAGAAAAAGGCGUAAAACACCGGAGGAUAGAGAAACGUGAAAUAGCGCAAAACGCGGAUUCACGAAGCUAAAGAGAGAAGAAGAGUAACGAAGAAAAAAAGACGCAUAUCUCAGGUGAAAUCGUAUACAAUAAGCGAAAUAGAACUUUUUGUUUCUCAGUCUUUUUUCUUCUUCUUUUUUUUGUAUUUUCGUUAAUUUUACUACGCGCGUUUUGGUACCACGCGAGAACGAACAGGUUCGUUCGAACGAGGUGUACCAAGAAGAGAACACGCGAUAUCAAGCAUGAAAUAGCAAACGGUGCAAGCGUUGUUGCGAUAAUAGGUUUAAUUAACGAAAAAGUGUCUACUUACUGCCGCUACCUUUACUAUAUUCGAUAGUUGAACGUUACCAUUGGAUUAAGGAUUAUCGAACUGCUACCGCAUCGUCGCAUCAAACACUGUUAUAUACUACUGACAUACCGCAGGGAAUAACUGGUACUAUUAUUGCUGUUGAUGUCGAGAGCCUAGGGUCGAGGCACAGGUGAUAUAUCUACAUUACGUUCACGCAUUAGUGCCAAAAGAAAACACGAGAAAUCAAACAAUUCUGGAUCAGAAUCGCAUCUCCGUUUGUACAUUGCCGAGCAUCGAUAGUCCUUCCUAGGGAAAAUGGCGAGGUAGAGGAAGGUGGCGCCACCGUUGCUCCGAGUAUCGUGGCAAAUGGUGGAAUCUCCUUCUCCUAAAUUGCUUUCUCUCCUAUUAGGAGUAGAUUAAUAUGCUCUGCACUGUCGCUCCUAACAAGACAUAAAACAUAUCCAGAAAGGAGAUAUGUACUCCAUGCAGACACGUAUAUUUUUCCUCAUCUUUGUUUUGUAUAGAUAUACCGUUUUAUAAAGGAUUUAUGAGAUUAUUACUACGAUUACUGGAACAGACAGGCUGUCGAGUUACUGUAUCUCAUGUAGAUUCUUCCUGGCGAAUGCGUUCGAGAUCCACGGAAUAAUAAUGAUACAUUGAGAAUGUAUUUUUUUUCUUCGUUAUAAGAGCGUCUUCUUUUUUAUACGUUGAAACGCAGGUUAAAGUUCAGGGGAUGGCUGUUCUUAAUUGUCAUUUAUACACGGAACGGACACUUCCUGUCGUCGAAUGCGUUUCACGCAUGUGAUCCAUAGUUUUUCUAUACGCAUUCGCCUAGGGAAAUCGAAACGUGACGAGAUGUGUCACGCGUACAAUCACUACCACUUUGUUACCUGUUUACAAUGUUUAAUACGGACUUUUGUCCGAAGCAAUAGUCGAGAUAUAUAGGGGAUAUAAUAAUCAAUAGACCAGAAUUGAACAAAGAGCAUAGGAAUAAUUGCUAAACCGGUUGUAUAGAAUGUGAUCAAUGCAAUAGUUAUUAUAUUACAUUUACCUAUAGAUAGAUAUAUAGAUACUCCUAGUCAGGAUGGCACCACGAUAUUACUUGUUGCAGUAUUGACACGUUUUUAUUACUACAAACUUUUAUCUAUCUCUCUUAUUUUCUUCUCUUUUACCCUUCCGCGUGUUUACGUUGAUUCAACGUUUUAUUUUUCUACUACCCCCCCGAUUUUUGUUUUUCUUUUUUUUCUUUGUUGCGUUACAGAAGAUGAAGUUUAACCAAGAGUUAUCUCACAACGAUACGCGUAUACCGUAUGGUAUCAAAGACAAUAGAUAAUAGAGAAUUAUUUAGUAUUUAUAUGGUCAUAUGAGAGCUAGGUUAUUACAUGAACAGUGAAACGUUCUAUUUGUUCGUUUCUGUUUUUUCUUUAUCUCGUACCUUUUCGUACUCUUUUUUUUUUUUAAUUACGCGUUGCAUGUGUUCCUGUUCGUUCUCUCUCUCUCUCCCUCUCUCUCUCUCUUUAUUUGUUUUUUAUUUACUUAUUUUUCAUCUAUUAUUUUUCUAUACUACUGAAUCGCGAGCAAUGCCCGCGAGUUCUGCCAAACAUUUAUAUAACAGUACUACCUCAUCGUUUUUAUAAUAACAAACAACACAGGGAACAUUGAGAGACCACGAUAUAACAUCUGUACAUUCCGUACAGCCGCUACUACUUGUCUGAUUAGUGUCGGAACUAUUCUACUGCUGUUAUACCGUUUAAUAUAGGGUACGGAUCUCGAAGAUUUUCGCUGGAAAUUCUCUUUCCUAUACCGUUUUAUUUACUUUAUUCUAUCAAACGAUCAUAUGUUUUAGUUGAUCGAUCACUUUUCCACACGUUAUCAACUGAACAAUCUACUGGUCGAAUGAUUCGCUGUUUCUAACCAGCGAAAAACUAUCGAGAUCGUGGUCACACGUGAUAUAUAAGCUCUACAUGUUAUAUAUAAUAGAUCCGUUUUUUUUUUGUUUUUUUUUACAAAGCCACAUUAUCACAUAAGUACAGUCGGAUGCAAAGAUGGCUAUUUUUGAUUAACCUCGUCGUAAUAGAGAUCUGGAUUACUUUUAUUACUAACAAUAAGAUCGUACUACUAAUUUGAAAUAACAAAUUAAAAUAUUAAUUUUAGAUAUUUUUAACGCACAGUCAUCUAAACUGUACCGAUCAGCUGAUCACGCGGUACCGGUCAUCUUUGCACGCGGGUGUACAACUGCCGAUUAGAAACAAUGAGAUAUACAAACGAAUGAAUGUGUGCUCGAGAGAGAGUGUGUAUGCGUGUGUAUGCUAGGCUGCGUGAUUUCGAUAAACGUUUAUCCGGUGAGAACCAAUCACGGCGAUUUCAUCGUUCAGCAGCGAGGUUCAGCGAGGUUCGAUUCCUGGAGCGAUAGCGAUUUUAUUGUUUUAUUUAUCGGAAAACCUGGUGAAAAUCGCAAGAGAACAAGCGUACACGGUUCGUUGUGUGCAGGGCGAAGCGAAAGAUUUCAAGACACGCGAGAAAUGUCGAUCGCGGGAGCGUAAUGCACGAGGUGAAUCAGCGAAAGGGGUUGAAAUGAUGCGAAGAGAAAUUAUUGCGUGCACACGUGCUCGUUUCGUCGACGGAUUUCGGGUUUUUCAAUUAUCUCGAACGGGGUUGCACUGGUUGAAAAAUUGUCAAGAUCGAACGUAAUGAAAAAAAAAAGAAACAGAUCGAAAUGAGCUGGCAUGUUGGAAGAGCAGAAAAAAAUAAUUCAAAAAAGAUAUUUAAAAAAAAAAAGAAAGUAGAAUGCUACGGAGCGUUUGUAUGAGGAAAAAUUGUUAUCCGGACGCGAGGGUGAAUACCGAUCCUUUCGGGCAAAUUUCGAAUGAAUUUUAUCGAGGAUGGGCUUCGAAACAUUUAGACGACGUGAAAGAGAGAAAAAAAAAAAUGAAAAAAUUAAUCAUAGAUUGAAGAUCGAAGGCGAGGAUGCUGCGGGAAAAGGGAUUAUUCAAAAAAGUGUUAUGUGUCGUUUACGUAUGUGAUGAUACUAGGAACAUACACAGAGUCGCACACUUACACAUACAAAUACACUACAAUACACACAUAUAUACGCAUGGGAUACGCCGUACACGGUCGAGAUGCACAUAUAUGUACGCGCAGAUGCAUACACGCCCACGAGUGUAAAUAAUCUAUUAUCACGCAUGACGAUCGAAUCUGUUGUCUUGUUAAUUUUCUUUCUUUCUUUCUUAUUUUUUUUUGUUAAAUUAAGACGAACGUUAUUUUUGUCCUCAGCUACUCUGCCAAGCAGAAGCUAUGAUCGGAACAAAUGAUCGAGAGUAUAAUGUUUAAGUCGUACGAGCAACUCUUAGCGUUAAGUUUACACUUUUCUUUAGCAUAUUCUUUUUUAUUUGAUCAUCUUUUUUUUUUUUUUUUUUAAAUUUUUCUUAGGUAAUGUUUGGGAUGAUGUUUAGAGGCCAAGGUGAAGUGCUCGUUGUUCACCGUCGGGUUAUUUAAGGGUCUCGCAAUUUGUUUAGUUGCUUAGCAUGGUUUACAAUACACGUGAAGAGAAACGGAGGGAUACACGCGUGUACAUUGUAUAUAUGUAUAUGUAGGACAAAGAGCGUAGAGAAGAAAAAUGUAGGAACGGAGAAUCGAUGGGUAUAUAUAUUUAGGUGAUCGACAGAAAAUUGGAAGGAGUUUAGGCUCACCUUUCGUGAUUGGGGAUGAAUCCUUACACAUACACAUCUAUUGUGUAAAAUUGUUUUCGAUACUUCAAUCAAUUUGCUUGUACCUUUAUUUCGUACUAGAAAAUACCAUUACGAAUGGUAUGUUUCCAACAAAUCUUUAUUCACCUCUCGGAUUUAUUAUUAUUAUUUAAUCGAAGGAACAAUUUGAGAACGAAUUUCAGAGUCGACUUAAAAAAGGGUGUUCUUUUUUCCUUUUUACGUUGUUCAAUUUUCACGUUCGUUCGUUCGACCGUAUCCCAGUGAUAAUACACGCACACACGGUACACACGAUGAACAGAUACACACAUAGAAGGGGCGCGAUAUAUGCGUACACGUCGCGUGCAUAUAUCCACGUUACGAAGCCACGCGCGAACGUACGCAUACACGUAUGUACCAUUAUUGUAUCACGGCGUAGGAUAAAAUGUUGCAUGUUGUUUCUAUAAUAUGUGUUUUACGGAUUGAAAAUCCUUUAUAGAUGUCGUGUGUGACACAGCUUGGCGAGGGGAGCUUUACACACCGCGGGUCCCGUCGAUUGUUUCACGCGCGAGUCGCGAGCGUCAUUAAAAAAUUAAUGAUUUCAAUGAAAAAGAGUUAAAUUAAGGGUUGAAAGAAAUUCAAACGGAAAACGGACCAAAAUUGGCAUAAUCGUUGGCAUUCGAACGACGCUCGACACUCGCCGCCGUGAUUCGCAGUGUAAAAGGGCUUUCCGUGAUUUAAAAAGUGAAAAAAAGAAAACGAGUAAAAAAAGAGAUGGUAAUCCUUCGUCACUAGUAUUCGGUAUCGAAGUCGCGGGCAGGGGGCGUCAGUGAAAAAAUGGCAAGAAAAAUAAAAAAGGAAAGGGUGAAAGGGGGUGGGUGCUCGCGAAUGCGAAGGAGGUUCGAUGUUAUCGCUGCACCUGGAUGCCGUUGUGCACUGGCAACUACUCUAUACUGUUUGAUCAUCGUAUAGUAUAUAAAUAGUACUAUACCAUAGUUGAUAAUGAUUGUAUAGUACAUGUAUCACGCACGCAUUAAGCAUAUUUAAGCAUUGAUGAAAGAAAAAGCGUAAAAAAAACAUUAUACACCAGAUGAAACACGUACAUAUACACAGGCAGAGAGAGACACGCGCAUAUUGAGAACGUGUAACGAACCUUUCGCGGCAAGAUGAAUAAUAAUAAUAAUAAUAAUAACGAUUAACAAUUAAUUAUUGUAAACUGUAGGGCUCAUUGUCGCAGGGCGGGGCUUCGACUUCGGCGGCGUGCGACCCUCGAAAUUAUUUCGAGCGGCCGCGACUUAUAGUACAAAGUAAACUAAUGUUUAAGGGGUAAAACGAUAGAAACGCGACUACGGAUACAAAGGAAAAGAAAAGAUUCAAAAAAAAAAAAAACAAAAAGAGGGAAAGAUAUUGCAGAUAUGCGGAUUUUUGUAAACUUACUAUACACGCUGUAGAACGUAACACGACGACCACGACGAUGACGAUGACGAUUUGUAUAUCAUAGUUGAAACGGAAGACGAACGGACUGCAUCGGUGGAAGGUCGAGGAUUCGUUGAUCACCGUUUAAUUAAGUUCAUCACAUUGCAUUUGUAUCGCAUUCUUCACACUAGGUGCUGUUGUAUAUUCCAUUUGGCGUACAUCAAAGGUGAAAGUCGUUCUUUUGUAUUUUUACCGACGCACAAUUUGCCGAACAAGUAGUUUUUGCAUAAAUAUAGUGCUGUAUACUGUGAUGUUUCUCUUAAUAUAGAAAAUAAUGAUGAUUCUUUAGCAUAAAUACUCGAUCACUUUCAUCCUUGCAGUUUAACAUUGUUCGCUGAAUGGAAUAUAUUUUCACAGUUUCCAGGAGGAAGGGGUUGUUAGAUUACUUUAAGCAGCAUGGAAUAACAUGUUCAAGUAUCUCGUUACAUAUCAGUUUCAGGAUGAAUAUCGAACCGACUCUUAGAUUAAUUUGUACGCUAGUUUUACUAUUCUUGUACAUAGGUGUACCCUUUCUCCGUGGAACCACAGAACUGAUUAUUCAUUGACUGUCCAUGUGAUCGUAUUUUAUACCAAAUAGCUCGCAAUAGUUUAUACUAGUUACAGAAUUGUUGAGAUCGUUUAUACAGACUGUUUUUUUAGGAGACUAACAAUCAAUAGAUAGAUUACGGGAUACCAUUAUGAAUAUCUUAAAACCUUGUAUGCGUUGAUUGUCACAGAGAUCAGCUGUUCAAUUUCCAAAAUUUUUCAUUUUAUGUUUUGAGGAAUUAUUCGUAACUAAUUUUCAAAUUAAAGCUUUCAGUUUUAAAAAUUUCUAAUUACAAAUUUCAUCUUCUGAAGCCCCCCACGGUAAUAAUAUUAUUGUGUGCCGAAUUACAGUUAUUUCUACCGUGACAAUUAACGCAUUAAUAAAUAGAAGGAAAAUAAAAAGACUGGAGAAACUCGACACUGCCAGAUACGAGCACGAAUCCUUCCGGGACCGAUAUACGGAAGCACGUCCUGUCGUUGACCGUCACAAUAACGGAUCACAAUACUUCGUCACACUAGUACAAAUGCUACCUCACACAGUAAAACAUACAGGGUGCAGAAGAAGAAAAAAAAUUAAAAGAAACUUAUAAAUCUCUGUACAUAACGCACAGUUAAAUCGGUAUUUUACGAUAGAAUCGAACGUCUCAGAGGCACAAUCCGUCGAAUUUGAAGGGAAACUAAAAAAAAAAAAAAACAAAAACGACGACGA